AAUUUCAUGUAUUAUUAAUGCGUUUAUGUUUAAUUAUAGAAUCAAAUUCACGAAUUGAUAUUGAUAAUCUGAUUGCGGCAGUAUUUUAUUUGCGCUCGGCAUAUUUGGUUUGAAAUUAAUUUUUACUGUGAUGUUAAAGCAUGCAGUGUUUGUUAAAAAGAAUUAAUAUGUUUGUGCUUUUCAAUUUUGAUGUUGGUAUAGGUGAAUAUUUGUUAACAAGGGAUUGAUUAAAGUCCAAAGUAAAACCAAUUGAUUCUUUAUUGAUGAUUUAAAAUUAGAUAAAUUUGUGGUUAGAGUUAUCCAAAAAUGUAUGAUAUGACUGCCUUACUUUGUUAUAGUGUUCUGAAGGAUAAUUGUUGAACGUAGGAUGAAAGACCCUAAUUGUGAUGAUCCAACAUUGUUCAAGGACGACAAAUUAAGUAUUGGUGGGCAAGUGAAGUCGAAAGGUGAAGUGUUGAAGGAGUAUUUUCAUGUUCGGUCGAAGACUCUUGAUGUGGCUUAUGGUGAGAUUCAUCCACGCCAGGCAAGAGAUACUGACGGACCAAAAAAGGUUGAGCUUCAUGAUGACAUGGAGUGCUUGGCACCUAGAAGAAGGCGAGGCGCUUCCAGAAGAAAUAUUCAACAAAACACAGAUGAGAACUUUUCAGUUGGUGGAGAUCCUGAAAUUGUUGAGCUUCCUUGUACGCGCACCCAUUCAGCAUCAAUUGGAUGUGUGGCCUCUUACGGGCAGAGUUUUUUAGAAGCUUUUUGCAGUAUUCCCAGUUUUGUUUCUAAAGAUGCCAUUUCCCUAUUUAGAAGGAUGACAUCUCCAGUACGAGCCCUAGGUUGGGUGGAUAUCCAUUACUGGGUGAGGUUAUAUCGUUUCCUGGUGGGGGAUAUGAAUUGCGAGAGUUGUUGUUGCCUUCACUGGUCAAUUUUGUGAAAAAUCCUUCAUGCCGUGUUUACGUCGUGGUUUCUGAGGUUUUCAUUCCCACUUUCCAUAGUGAUCCAGUGUUUGUACGCAUGUGUGUUGCACUGAAGUCAUCAUCGCCUUUGCGUGUGACUUUAUUACAUGGUGAUUCAGUAGCACCAACCAUCAGUACUGAAAACACAGUGCUGAUCAGUUCUGAUCAAGUUUAUGACGAUAUCUUUAAAUGCUGCAUGAGGGGUCUAUGCGAAUCAAAGUUGACUAGGAACAAGGUGUUGGUGGAAAGGAGAUUUGUGUGAUGGUAAAAUGUCAGAAUUGCAUAAUUCUUGGUUUAGACAUCCGUAUAAUUGGGCAGGUUUUAGUCCUAACUCAAUUGUAUGUUAUGCCAAAGGUGAUUCAAUUUCAUAGUUUAUUCAUUUCUCAAAUGUGGGCCUAUUGUCGUAAAUCUAGUUACCAAAUGCAGCCCAUGUGGUGAUUCAUAUGGGCCAAGCUCCUACACAACCAUUUAUCCUUAAAACGCAGCCCAUAUUAUGAGUAAUUAAAUUAAUGUAAAAUAAUCUUCUGUUUGUAGCAUGCAUUUAUGAUUUCGCUUAAGAGGUCCAAUGUAAAAGAUAAUAUUAACUUAUUACUUACUGUUCAUUUGUAUUAUGACCUCCCUCAUCACUUGUAUAAUCAAGUUCUAUUUCUGAAAAAUAUUCAAUUGGAAUUAUAAACACGUCAAAUGAUGUGUAUUGAUCACAAUUUCUUGCUA